UGUGUGCUCUCCUCAGGUGAGACGAUCCGCAUCGUGAUCGAGGAGUACGUGCAGCACCUCAGUGGAUACCUCCUGCAGCUGAAGUUCGACCCCACGCUGCUCUUCAAGUCUAACUUCCAGUACGGGAACCGCAUCUCUCUGGAGUUCACGCAGCUGUACCACUGGCACCCCCUGAUGCCCGAUAGCUUCCUGAUCAGCGGAGACCAGGUGACAUAUCCCCAGUUCCUCUUCAACACCUCCGUCCUCACACACUACGGCAUCGAGAAGCUGGUGGACGCCUUCUCCAAGCAGGUGGCCGGACAG